UUUUUGGUAUUUUAUUUAUUUAGUGUCCAAUAUUCAACUUGUUAUGUAGAAAAAAAAAAUAGAGUAGUGAAUUACAACGUGACAAAUCAAACUCUUGCGGAAAGAAAAAUUCAUAUAAUAUUUGUGACUCCCCAACUCAGGAGAAGGAUUUCCACAUUGACAAAACACAAGCGGAAUGCUGGUAGUGACGCAUUUUAAAGUCGUGCGGGCAUAGGCCAAUGGUGAACAAUAUCAGUAGUGGGUUGAAGAGUUACAGGGAUCUUUCGGCCCUUCGUGUUUUGGAAUGCCCGUCGCGGUUAAGAGGCCGGCUCGGGUCGUGACAAUAUUCAACCAAAAGCUACUAAAAUUCCAUUUUUGAAUCACAUUCACUCUACCACGAUCGAUUUGCCUUUUAUUUUUUAUUUUCCUUUGCCUUUUCUUGGUUUCACCCAAGUAGUCAGAUUUGGUAAUCUAAUACAGAAGAAGGUAAAAAGUAGAACACAAGAAGGGGUUAGUGGGAAUGUAAAGAAACAAAGUCUCUCUCUCUUUCUAUCUUUGUGGUUCAUAACCAUUUGCAUAGUUUGCUCAACAGGAUAAAAAAAACAACUACAACAAAAAAUAAAAUUGAUAGUGUUUCUACAGUAGUUGUAUUAAGAAGAGAAAAGGGGUAUAAUUUUUGGCUAGUGGGAAACAAGAAAGAGAAAGAUAGAAAGACAGAAAGAGAGAGAGUGAGAAAAAAAAUGGUGGGCUCAAGUGCAGCAACAGAUAGGAGCAAAGAAGCAGUUGGGAUGAUGGCACUUCAUGAAGCACUUAGAAGCGUCUGUCUUAAUACAGACUGGACUUAUUCAGUUUUCUGGACCAUUCGUCCUAGACCGAGAGUUAGAGGUGGUAAUGGUUGUAAAGUUGGAGAUGAUAAUGGUAGCUUGAUGUUGAUGUGGGAAGAUGGAUUCUGCAGAGGAAGAGGAACAGAUUGCUUGGAAGAGAUGGAUGGUGAAGAUCUAGUGAGAAAGGCCUUCAGCAAAAUGUCCAUUCAGCUAUACAAUUAUGGAGAAGGAUUGAUGGGGAAAGUUGCCUCAGAUAAGUGUCAUAAAUGGGUUUUCAAGGAGCCUACUGAAUGUGAACCAAACAUAUCUAACUACUGGCAGAGUUCAUUUGAUGCUCUCCCGCCUGAGUGGACUGACCAGUUUGAGUCAGGGAUUCAGACUAUUGCUGUGAUUCAAGCUGGACAUGGCCUACUGCAACUGGGAUCCUGCAAGAUUAUUCCGGAAGACCUCCAUUUCGUGUUAAGAAUGAGGCACACGUUUGAGUCUCUAGGCUAUCAAUCCGGCUUCUAUCUGUCACAGCUAUUCUCUUCCACAAGGACUAGUUCGCCUUCGUCUGCGAUUCCUCUCAAGCAGCCAACUAUGCCAAUUCGCACUCCUCCCCUUUUCAACUGGGGUCCAAGGCCAAUGCCUUCAGCAUCUUCACUGCUAUCGUCUCCCAACUUCCAAAACUCCGCGAGACUUGGUAUUCCACAGUCGAAAGAUGAAUCUCAUAUGUUCCUCCAGCUUCCUCAUACAUCCGAACCACGAAUGGAAGACAUGAUGGGAGCUGCUGCUGACCAUGAGAGUGACAUCAAGUGGCCUAAUGGAUUGUCUUUCUUCAGUGCUCUCACUGGUAGAAACGACGAUUCCAGGACCCUGUUCAAUCCUGAUAGCUUAGGAACCAAACCGGAUCAUAAUCAGCACGCGCUUAGUCUUGAUGGGAAGACUUCACAUCCGAAUUCAGAUGCUUCGACCUUGCACAACAACGGAGGUGCUAAUCCAAAUGAUUUCUUGAGCCUGGACAGCCACCCUGAUAGCGUUCGGAAGAUGGACAAGUUCAAGAGGAGCUAUACGCUUCCUGCUAGGAUGGCUUCGUCUUCUAAUUCAUCGACUUCACUCGAUCAGCACCAAAAUAAUCCAGGAGAAUAUAGGAAUGAAGGAGGAAUGUACCCUGAUGUCAUGGAGAGAUUCUUGGAAUGAUCUUUCCAGGGUUAUGGUGGAAAAAAGUUGUACUUAAGAAAAAGCUUUAGUUCUGUGCUUUUGCUUAAUUUAGUGCUCUUUUUAAUAGUUUGGUUUUCCUUCAUCCUUUGGACCUUAUAAACAUUUCCACUUUUUCUUGUAGUCUUUUUGAUCAGUUCAUCUAGAAAUGAAGGAAAAUUUAUGCUUU